AAAUAUAUUGUAUCCAUCCGCAGACUUUUUUAAAAGCUAUCACCAAAUCGCGCCAAGUCUAUCGGUUUAUCGGGCUUUUGGUGCCAGAGGAAAGUGCCAUCGCUGAUUUUUGGACGUAAACAAGUGCGUGCACGGGAAAACAGGAAAAUAUUAGCGGAGCGACAACCAAAAUAGGCAAGAAACAGAUUAUAGAACUGCCCUUAACCAGCGAUGGACGAAGAGAAGGAUCCCGAUCCCGUGGCCAGCGGAGCGGCAUCCGCCUGCAAACGCCAGCGACGCAACACCGAUUCCCGUGAAGAUGGUAAUGGUGAUGGUGAUGGUGGUGGCCAACUGGGAGACGCGGCGCAGAUUGGCGAGGAGAAACACCAGGUGGCCAUCAAAGGCACCACAAUCACAACAAUGACGAGCAACAACAAUAACGAAGAAGAGAAGGUACAGGAGCAGCCGGAGAAAAAGGAUUCUGAGGAAAAGGAGCCGGCAGAGGCGCAGGCUAACAAGGAUUCCUCCCUUCCCGCUGAGGAACAAGCGGGCCCAUCCCACCUGGAGUGUCAAUUAUCUCCCCACGCCGCCAGUUCCGUGCUGGCAGCCAGUAAACCAAAGCUCCCCAGUGGCACCGGCACCAUCGACAGCGAUGAUGAUGAGCCACCGGCGACUCCGCCGCUAGGUGAAACCUCCCCGGAUCUCACUUCGCCCAGGUUCAACCAGCGCAACAUACCGGCCACACGCUCCUAUCGCCGCAUCAGCAUAGAGCUGGUGGGCACGGUGACCGACUCGGAAUCCGAUGCCGAGUUGCCAGAGCUGCAGACGGAGGAGGAGACCGAGGAGGCGGAGGGUGAUAGCGAUGACCCGGCGGCGGAGGCUGCUGCUGCUGUUGUUCCGGAGGACGAUGUCUUCCACAGGCAGUCUUCCUCUGACAGUUCUUCCAACGACGAAAUGGUGCGCUAUUCACUCUCCAGUGAAAGUGAUUCAACAAUUGAGGACGACGUGGAGUUCAACGAGCACGUGAAUGCCGACGACCGUGCGAAAGUCGACUGCGCCGUGGACGAGGCGAUGUGCAAGUGCAAGCCCCAGUACUCGUGGAACAUUGACCAGGAGCUGCUGCAGCGGGAGCACAACAUAAUCAACCGUAUCGGUUGGCGUGGCGGCCACACCUCGUCGCAAAGCUUCGGCCAAGGCUACUAUGGCUCGCGCCAGGUGGUGGAACAGUUGACCCUCCUGAGUUCCCUGAACAAGCACGAUGGCUGCGUAAACUGCCUGAAUUUCAACCGCGCCGGCGACCUGAUUUGCUCCGGCUCCGAUGAUCUCAGCAUUAUCGUCUGGGACUGGGCGAACGACAAGGCGCUGCACCGUUUUCGCUCCGGCCACAGCAUGAACAUCUUCCAGACCAAGUUUAUCGACAGUGCCGGCUGCCUGGACAUUGUGUCCGCCAGCCGAGAUGGCCAGGUGCGCAGGUCAGUCAUCCCACCCUCUGGAGGCACCAUCAAGCCCAUGCGACUGUACACCCACAGCGAUUCGGUGCACAAGAUAGUGCUGGUUCCGCACAGCCGUCACGAGGUGAUGAGUGCUGGCGAGGAUGCGGCUGUCAAGCACUUUGAUUUGCGCGCCAGCAAUGCCGCUAGCACAAUGCUGCGCUGCGUCUACCACGAUGAGAAUGAACGCGGUCGUGUUCGCCUGUUUAGUAUCGCCCACCAUCCCUAUGCGCCCGAGUUCUGCGUCAGCGGUUCGGACGAUAAACUGCGGGUCUACGACAAGCGCAAGCUGACCAAGACCCUGCUGGAGAUGACGCCUUCUAAUAUAGAGGAUGAGAAGAUCACGCAAAUUACCUGCGCCGUUUACAACCACAGCGGCAGCGAGAUAUUGGCCUCAUACAGCGAUGCGGGCAUCUACCUUUUUGACAGUCGGAAUACCAAAGACGGCGAGUAUCUGCACUGCUACGAGGGGCAUAUCAAUAGCCGCACCAUCAAGGGAGUGAACUUCUUCGGACCCCGUUCCGAAUAUAUUGUCAGCGGCAGCGACUGCGGCAACAUAUUCUUCUGGGACCGGAACACAGAGGCGAUUAUUAAUUUCAUGAAGGGCGACCAUGCCGGCGUGGUCAACUGCCUGGAGCCGCAUCCCUGGAUGCCGGUGCUGGCCACCUCGGGCCUGGAGCAUGACGUCAAGAUCUGGACGCCAAAUGGACCUGAUAGGAAGGUGCCCGACGAGGACUCGCUGAAGCAGACGCUGGAGCGCAACUUCAGGCGCAACAUUGUGGACAGAGGUGACUUCGACAUCAACCAAUUCCAAUACUUCAUCCGUGGGUUUCUGGAGGGUUCUGGCUCGCGUUCCCGUUCCCGCGUCCGCCCCUUGAAUCGCAACAGAAUGGCAUCCUGGCUACCUCAUGGGCGGCAGCAUAGGGAAAAUAGCUCGAGCACCAGCAACGGCUCCAGUCCCUCCAAUCCCACGUCCCAGCGGCGCAGCAGCAACAGCUCCGACGAUGCCAAUGGCGAGGGAGCCGCCGCAGCCGCUGCGCUGGACACCCUGCACUGCCGGACGCAGUGAGGCCGCAACCGUGGAUGAGCUUCAAAAGCCCUCCUCGGUAAUCUUAUAAUUUUCGAUAUUAUAGAUACUAUUAGAAAGCGUUUCCGAAGCUGUGAAUUUGUAACCGUAACACAUAAGUGCGCAUAUUUUAUUUUUAAACAGGGUUUAAUAAAU